UUUUUGAAGAUUUCAGGGAUAAGCCGAAUGUCGCCCAAGGAUAGGGAUAGCAUCGUACAAAGGUCGUAAAGCAACACCCUCGGAUGCGCACCUCCUAGUUACAUCAUUUCGGUUAACACCUGUGACCACUGCUGCUUUCCAGUGCUACUGACUACCUGUUACCCAGAUAGUCGCGCGUUGUGGAAAGGUCGCAACAACUGCUCCUGGAUGCUCCGCCAUUUUGCCUCACUUCCUAGAUUGGCCUCAGCUAGCUAUCACAGUCGAGCCACGGCUGCAAUUUUCCCACUCCUUAAGCUUCAACGUGGCCUUGCGACUUCGCCCGAAGACGUCCGCUGUAAAGCUUCUGCUGUUGCUGCCUCUGUAAGCAUGGCGGACGCAGAUACCGCCAUUGCUCCAGAUGUAUUCCACAUGGGCCCCGGCACGUUAAGGAUCUCCCGUACGGCCCUGCACGGCAAGCUGCGGGCCCGCGUGCUGGAGCGGCUGCGAGCGGUGUUGCCGGAGGAGCGGCGGGGGCUGGUGUAUCUGGAGGGCGGCAAGGAUGAGACGCUCUACAGCUCAGACACGGAACGACUCUUCAGGGCCGUACCCUGCUGUUCAUGCCCCGCCUGCCCGACUCCUACGCCGUGUGGAUGGGGCGGCUCAAGAGCCCCGAGGAGUACCGGAUCAAGUACGGAGUGGAUGCCGUACACUACCUGGACGAGAUGGUCGAGGUGAUCCGCGGCAUGGGGCCGCCCAGCUGCCUGCAUGUGCUGCGGGGCAGGAACACGGACAGCGACCUGCCCGUGGGUCCCCCCGCUCCCCCCCUGGAGGGAGUGCCGCUGGAAACCGACACGCUGUUUGAUGUGCUGACAGAGUGCCGAGUGACCAAGAUCCCGGAGGAGAUCGAGAUCAUCCGUUACGUCAACAAGAUUGGAUCCGAGGGCCACAUCGCCAUGAUGCGAGCCUGCCGACCGGGUGUCAUGGAGUACCAGCUGGAGUCUACAUUCCUACACCACUGCUACAGCCGCGGGGGGUGCCGCACCUACAGCUACAUCCCCAUUGCGGCCAGCGGGCCCAAUGGGGCCAUCCUGCAUUAUGGACACGCGGGGGCGCCGAAUGGUAGGAGGUUGGCGCGAUAUGUGGUGGUAGCAGUAGCAGUAAGUAAUUGCGGUUUGAUGGGUG